ACGAAUGAUCGCGUUCGCGAAGGGUGCAGUGCGAGUGAAUGGCGACCCGGCUGUUAGAGGCCCGUCCGCGCCGACUCUGACAAUGUUCGUACGUCGAAAUGAUGUUUCCUGCGCGCAGACUGGCGCCUGCCAAGAGCAAUUGACGAGCGUAUUUCUCGGCCGCGUAUGUGACGGUUGUCACGUUCUGCCCGCAGCGAGGAGCGUAAGGACCGGCACCCGUUAAACUAAAGUUCGUUCACCUCGUACAUCGAAGCCACGUAUAAAGCUGGCGAGAUGGUCGGCAUGAGGCUGACUACCACAUAAAAUAACUAAAGGCAAUGCCGGAUAGCAGCCCCAACGCUCCCAGCUAUGCCGACACACUGGGAAAUGUCUCCGUCAACCUCUCCCUGCAACUCACCGGUCGUGUCGGCGGCGGUCAAGACCAAAGCACUGUAUUCGGGCCACAGUACCACGGUCAGGUGCGAAUCACCAUAAUCCUCGUCAUGAUCGCCUUCUCGGUCACGGGAAACAGCGUCGUCUGCUGGCGGCUACUGCGUAACCAUAGGCGUCGUCGCUACCAGAAGGCGCACGUUCUGUUCCUGAACUUGGCCGUGGCCGACCUUCUGGUCACCACGGUCACGAUGACCUCGCAAACGGUGUGGGAGAUAAUGGGUCGCUCCUGGAUCGCUGGCGACGCCUUCUGCCGCGUCUUCAAGGUGCUGCAGACGUUCGCGCUCGCCUCGUCCACAUACAUGAUCGUGGCCAUCGCCCUGGACAGGCACUUCGCCAUCGUGUACCCGCUAGCCAGGUGCCCCACGCCUUCUCGCCUCGCCGCAGCCGCCUGGGUCGCUUCGCUGUUGCCAUCGCUGCCCAACCUGUACGUGUUCCGGCUAGUGGACGCUGGUAAGGGGACCAGGUACUGCGCGUCCCUGUUCUACGCCCACAAGACGGUCUCGCCACUUCCUCGUCAGCUGUACAUGACCUCCGUGUUCUUGGCCGUAUUCGUGCUCCCACUGAUCCUGCUCGUUACCCUGUACGGCCGAAUCCUCGUCGAGAUCUGGCAGCAGAGCUCGGCACUCAAGAACAGGCACCAGACGACCUCUGCACUCCCCAAGGCCAAGGUCAAGACUGUCAAGCUGACGGCAGCCAUCUUCGCUGCCUUCGUCGUGACCAACGUGCCCUACGUGGUCCAGGAGCUGGCCCUGGCUUUCGCCGCUUCCAGCGUCUCCCUGGAUCGAAACGUGGUGGCCCUGUUCGGCGUCAUCUCGGCCUCCAACAGCGCCAUAAACCCGUUCAUCUUCCUCUUCUUCCAAAAGAAGAGCAGCAGCUCGAAGCGGAGGAGGCGCUUCGUGAUGCCCUUCCGCAAAGACACCGUCGCUGAGGGAAAGCACGGGGCUAGCUGCUCCAGCUGUCGGAACAGCGGCGGUGGUCCCGAUCGCUACACCAGCUCGACGAAGAGUCAGUCGACCGUCUACACCGUGUCAACGAGAGACACAAAUCAACGGCCGCCCUCCGCGGAACAGAGUGCCGAUCAAAACACAUAAUCAGUGCUCCAGUGACGCUGGUGAAGUUAACUUUUUGAUGAUGCUUUCACGAACCACCCAUCGUAAUCACUCGUUACUGUCGUGCGUGUUCUUCUGUUCACGGUAUUUAUGAACAGCACGGAGUAAAAAAAGAAACGAAAAUGUAAUAGUGUCCAACGAUGCACCGUGACUGGGUGUGAAAAGCUCUCCUGCCCUAUUUCAGACUAACCUACUCAAUAGCGGUACGCGAAUUGCGGCAGCCCUGAGGUAUAAGAUGAAAAAAGAAAGGAACCAAUACUCAGAAUCGAAACAUGCGCACCUUCUCACACUCAGGACCAGCUUAUUCCUUGUACCUGAAUUCUCACCCAUUAUCAGCAGCACGUAUGACACGCUAUACUAUAAGUUUCAUACACAGAAGGCAAUGUU